AUGUUCUUUAAAAGAAGAACCUGGCUUUGGUUAUACAUCAGAACAAGUAUCAUUCUAGGAAGUGAGCUAAAUAGCCCAGAGCAACAUGGUAAAAAUAACUGUUAUCAGCUUAACAGGUUUCACUGCAGCUUUGAGGAAGCAGAAAAUUACUGUCAUGCCCAGGGAGGACACCUUGCUUACACUUGGAACCAGGAGAUUCAAGAUCUCAUCUGGGAUUUUCUGGAAGAAGGAAAGAAGUGGUGGAUUGGGCAAAAUUUAAUGCUGCUGGGAAAAUAUCAAGAAAAGAACAACUCAAGUGUCACAGCCCACUGGGCCACAAAGCCCACCAGCUGCCCUUAUAUGUCCAGAAAGUCCAACCGGGUCUUAUCAAAAGUAGACUUGUGCUCACUGGGGCAUUAUUUCAUCUGCCAGGCUGACCAAGAUGCAGGUUAUGAAAGAAAUGGAAAUAAUUCUCAUUUACAUCGGAGGCCCAAGAAGACAAAAAGGGAAGUCGCAAUACCAAGACACAAAAUGACCUCAGGAGCCACUCAUCAUUCAACUAAAUGUCACCAACCUGCUCCUGAUAAUCCUUCCAAGACCCUGUGCCAUUCUAUCAGCCCUUUUCCUUCAGACCUACCCACAGUCACAAAGCAGGGACUGUUAGUCACUCCUCUACCUACUGGCCAGCCUCUCCCUGUGAUGGCAGAGCUCACCAGACCUGUGUCUGUGACACGUGCUGGAAAAGCUCUGGUAGAAAGAACUUCAAGCCCCAAAGAGGGCUCACAUCCAGACGUCUCCACCACUCAUCUACAAACAUCGUUUCAGGACGCAUCUGAUCAGGUCACGGAUGAGAUAGCAUGGAACUUCAGCAAAGCAAUUCAUGGUUUGGAAACGCAUGACAAACUGCAGAAAGCUUGUGAAGUGCUCCAGAAGCUGACAGACAUUAUCCCAGGAUUUUCUCAGUCAGUUCAGGUUGAUGCUGUUGGCUCCCUUAUUGACCUGAGUGACCAAUUACUGAGAAGCCCAUUUCAGAACAACAGCACUCUGGGCUUCACAAUUCCUGUGGCUGUCUGCGUCUUUCACCCCCUCGACAAUGUAGUAAAAGCUGAUAAAGCAAGUGGGCCACAAUCCAGCCAUGACAUUGAGCAGGUAGAAAAUAUUCUGAAAAUGUCCUUGCUGGCCCUUGGGGAGAUCCAGGAAACAUUUCUGCACCAGCAUCAGUUUUCUGAGUCUUCGGUGACUUUGACCUCUUCCAUUGCCACACUGAUGUUGAGCAGCCAAAACAUAUCGACUCUGCCUCUGAGCUCUUACACUCUUGGAUACCCAGCACCUGUGAGGUUAGCCUUCCCGUCAGCUUCAGCUUUGGAGGAGCUCUUGAAUAAACACCCAGGAGUUAACGUUCAAGUAACAGGACUAGCUUUCAAUCCCUUCAAGGAUUUUGAUGACAAGAACAUUGUUGGAAGUGUCGGAAGUGUGUUACUAAGCUCUAAUCAUAAAUUGCUCCAAGUACAUGAUUUAAUGGAAGAUAUUGAGAUCAUGCUCUGGAGAAAUGCAAGCAUAGAAACCCACCCCACAAGCAUCAAUGUGAGCGCAGACCAUUUUACCAUCGCCGUGAACAUCACAUCCCUGGAGAAAUCCCUGAUCCUGUUCAUAGAGCCUGAAAGCCCCAUUUCAGUGACACUCUACCUGGGGUUCCAGUAUCAGCCCAACCACACUUACUUCCACCUGAACAUCACCCUUCCAAAGACCCAGGUGCGGCAGAAAGAUGAGGAAUAUACAUGGGUGCUGACUCCAGAGAGUUUGCAGUAUGGGAUCGGCAUCUACUACAUAACUUCUGUGUUGAAUAAAAGCAAGGAGGGUGCUCAGCAGGUGCCCACCCUGUUCUCCAUCGUAACUGCCGUCACUCAGUGCUAUUUUUGGGACAGCCACAACAACACGUGGAAGAGCGACGGAUGUCAGGUUGGGCCACAGAGCACAGUUGUAAGGACACAGUGUCUCUGUAACCAUCUGACCUACUUUGGCAGCGACUUCUUCAUCGUGCCCCGGACAGUGAAUGUUGAAGACACGAUCAAGCUAUUCCUUCGUGUGACCAGCAACCCUGUUGGGGUGUCAUUGCUGGCCAGCCUUUUGGGAUUCUAUAUGCUCCUGUUUGUGUGGGCUUGGAGAAAGGAUCAAGCAGAUAUGCAGAAGGUGAAGGUCACUGUCCUGGCUGAUAAUGACCCCAGCUCUCAAUUUCACUACCUGAUUCAGGUCUCCACUGGAUAUCGAAGAAGGGCCUCUACAACAGCUAAGGUGGUUAUCACCCUUUAUGGUUCAGCAGGACGGAGUGAGCCCCAUCACCUUUGUGACUCCCAGAAGGCAGUGUUUGAACGGGGACUGGAUGUCUUCCUCCUCGGUACUCGGUCCUCUCUGGGGGAACUGCACAGCCUCCGGCUCUGGCAUGACAAUUCAGGUGUCAGCCCAGCCUGGUAUGUAAGCCAGGUCAUUGUCAGUGAUGUGGCAAGUAACAGGAAAUGGCAUUUCCUAUGCAAUUGUUGGCUGGCGGUGGACCUUGGAGACUGUGAGCGUGACCGGGUCUUCUUACCAGUCUCAAAGAAAGAGCUCUUUUCCUUUGGACACCUGUUCUCCUCCAUGGUUGUGGAAAAGUUCACCCAGGAUUAUCUGUGGCUUUCAAUUGCUACUCGCCAUCCCUGGAACCAGUUUACGAGAGCCCAGCGGCUCUCGAGCUGCAUGACCCUUCUGCUCUGCAACAUGGUCAUCAACCUGAUGUUCUGGAAGAUAAACAGCCCCACCACCCAGAGAGACGAGCAAGUGGGCCCGUUUGCUGUGACCUGGUCCGAACUGCUCAUCAGCAUCCAGACUGCCGCCAUCCUCCUCCCGGUCAGCCUCGCUGUUGGGCGGCUCUUCCCGCUGACUCAGCCCCCGGAGCCUCCGCCCCUCCUUCCACCCCGCCAGGCCCCCUGCCUCUCAGACGCUUCUUCCGAGCCUCUCUCUGCCUCAGAGGUAGUUGAGGAACUGAAGGAAACUGUGGGGUUUCUGCUCAGGAGAAAAACGUGCCUCCUCUCAGAGCAUGAACAAUCUUCGUGGAGUUCCUACAACGUGAACCAGCUGGUGACGCUUUUAUCUAGCCUCAUUCGUUCACACUUAGGGGAUCCAGGCUCUCAUCAACAGGCAGGACCCUGCUGGGCAAAUGUGGCUCCUGAAAACCACCAUUUCUGCUGCUACUUGCUCAGAGUUCUGCGGAGGCUGCGAUCUCACUUAAGCACGUUGGAUCCCACCCAGGUGGACCAGCCUUGCGACUUCCUCGAUGCAGCCAGCCAACUGCAGAAACUCCAGGGACUCUUGGAAACACAUACUCUUCCCGCACAGCAAGGGCCAUCCAGGGAGGCAACCAGUUUCCCCAUUCUGAGCCCAGAAGAAGGAAGGAAGUCCACCGCUAAUGGUCUCUCCAGGUGGUUGACUCAUAUCUGCUGGCUCCUUCUGGGUGUCACUAGCCUGGCUGCAGCCUUUUUUACAGCACUUUAUAGUCUGGAACUGAGCAAAGACCAAGCCAUCAGCUGGGUCAUUUCAAUGAUUUUAUCGGUGCUUCAGAAUGUCUUCAUCAUCCAGCCAGUGAAGGUGAUCUUCCUCUCAUUGUUCUUGUCGCUGAUUCUGAACAGGAUGCCCUGCCUUAACAGAGAGAAGGUACAGCACACAAAGAGGAUCUUGGCACUCUCGGCAAAAUGUUCUCCAUCAUUGCCUGGUUCAAGAGAUAAGAAGAACCCCAUCUAUGUAGCACCAUCUAUGAACAGUUCAGUUAAGCUCCCAGAAACAGCCUUGAAAGAGAAGCAACUCUUCAAACUGACAGGAGAGAUUUUGGUACAAAUCCUCUUCCUUGUCCUACUGAUGACUGCAGUCAUCUCUGCACAGAACUCCAGUAGAUUUCACCUCCAUCAAGCUCUACAGAAGAGCUUUUCUCAAGGCUUCUCAGAGAUCAAACUUCUCAAGCAUUUCUACCCCUGGGCCAGUCGCACCCUCCUUCCUAACCUGUACGGGGAUUACAGAGGGUUCAUUACUGAUGGGAACUCCUUUCUUUUGGGCAAUGUUCUGCUUCAUCAGAUUCGCAUUCUGAAGCCAUCUUGCCACGAUCUGGAGGAUACAGAGAACUACGGGGCUAACUGGAGGCCACCUGAAACAAACGACACAGAGCCAGACAGCAUUUGGCACUAUCAGAAUCAGGAGACACUGGGUGGCCACCCCAUCCAAGGGGAAUUUGCCACUUACUCAGGAGGAUACGUGGUCAGACUUGGAAGAAACUCCAGUAAUGCAGCCAGAGUUCUGCAGCAUCUUGAACAGAGCCACUGGCUAGACCGUCGCACCAAAAGCCUCUUUGUGGAAUUUGUGGUCUUCAAUGCUAAUGUGAACCUGUUCUGUGUAGUCACCCUGAUUUUGGAAUCCAACAAUGUGGGUGCUUUCUUCGCUUCUGUAAGACUGGACACUUUAACUUCCCUUCAGACAUCAAAGAAGGACUCUGUCUGGUCUAUCGUCUCACAAGUCAUCUAUUAUCUGCUAGUCUGUUACUAUGGCUUCGUACAGGGUCGCCGGCUGAAACAGCAGAGAUGGAGGUUCUUAACGAGGAAAAAAAACAUUCUGGACAUAAGCAUAAUCCUUACUAGCUUUGUCAUCUUGGUGCUUGACAUCAAGCUUAUUUCUCUACAUAAGAAGAACAUGGCACAGUACCACUACGACCGUGACAGGUUCAUCAACUUCUAUGAGGCAGUAAAAGUGAACUCGGCUGUCAUUCACCUCAUGGGCUUCCUGGUUCUGUUGGCAACUGUUCAGCUAUGGACCCUGCUGCACCAUAACCCCAGGCUCCAGGUCAUCGGAAGAACACUCACCAAAGCCUGGGAUGAGGUGGUGGGCUUCCUGUUGGUCAUCUUGAUCCUGCUGACAGGCUAUGCCAUUGCUUUUAACCUGCUAUUUGGGUGGAGCAUCUCCGACUACCGAACUUUUUUCAGCUCUGCAGUGACUUUUGUUGGUCUCUUGAUGGGAGUCUCUCAUUACAAGGAGAUUAUUGCAUUAGACCCAGUCCUGGGCUCCUUUCUGAUCCUCACCAGUGUCAUCUUGAUGGUGCUUGUGAUCAUUAACCUUUUUGUUUCUGCCAUUCUAAUGUCCUUUGGUAAAGAAAGAAAGUCCCUUAAGACUUGGAAAGAAGCUGCACUGAUAGAUACCCUGCUGCAGAAGCUCUCAAGUUUAUUAGGAAUCCAGUGCACCAGAGCACAGGUCCUGAAAGCCUCCACAAAGCCCCAGAGGAGUAACCAAGCCAACUCACAGAUGCUAUCUGGGCUUAAACAGAAAGACUGGAAUGGGCUCCUUACUGCCGCAGACAUCCACGUUACCCAGGGAGCCAAAGGCUUUCCAGCUCACUAUUCAAGAGACUUGAAUACUUCUAUUAAGGCAACUGGAAGCCCACCUUAG